AUGGCAAAAUCGCCAGAGUUAGAGCACCCAGUGCAGACCUUUGGAUGGGCAGCCAGAGACACAUCUGGAGUACUUUCUCCAUUCAAGUUCUCAAGAAGGGCUACCGGUGAUCACGAUGUAACUUUCAAAAUUUUGUAUUGCGGGAUCUGUCACACAGACUUACACAACAUCAAGAACGAUUGGGGCUUCGCUACUUAUCCUCUUGUACCAGGGCAUGAGCUUGUGGGCAUAGUAACGGAGGUGGGUGGCAAGGUACACAAGUUCAAAAUUGGAGACAAAGUUGGCGUAGGCUGUAUGGUCGGGUCGUGUAACUCGUGUGAUAGUUGUGCCAAUGAUCUCGAAAAUUAUUGUCCAAAAAUGAUACAAACCUACACUGGCAUUUAUCAUGAUGGAACCCCAACACAGGGAGGUUAUUCGGACAUAAUGGUUGCUAAUGAACAAUUUGUGAUUCGCUGGCCCGAAAACUUGCCCCUCGAUGCUGGUGCUCCUCUUUUAUGUGCUGGGAUCACAACUUAUAGCCCCUUGAAAUACUUUGGACUUGACAAGCCUGGUAUGCAUGUGGGUGUAGUGGGUCUUGGUGGGUUAGGUCAUGUAGCUGUGAAGUUUGCCAAGGCUUUUGGGGCUAAAGUGACUGUAGUUAGUACAUCCCUUAGCAAGAAAGAUGAAGCCAUUAAACAACUUGGCGCUGACUCAUUUUUGGUUAGUCGUGACCCUAAUCAGAUGCAGAUUGCGGUUGGGACCAUGGAUGGUAUUAUCGAUACUGUCUCUGCAACUCACCCUAUUCUGCCAUUGAUUAAUCUAUUGAACACUAAUGGAAAACUUGUCAUGGUUGGCGCACCAGCGAAACCGUUUGAGUUGCAAGUGUUUCCUUUGAUUCUUGGGAGAAAGAUGUUGGCGGGCAGUAUGAUUGGAGGCAUGAAAGAGACACAAGAGAUGAUUGAUUUUGCAGCAAAACACAACAUAACAGCAGAUGUUGAGGUUAUCUCUAUGGACUACGUUAACACAGCAAUGGAACGCCUUGCUAAAGCCGAUGUUAGAUAUCGAUUUGUUAUCGACAUAGGGAACACUCUCAAGUCUGCUUAG